GGGAGUGUACCCGGAAGUGCGGCCGCUUCCGGGUUUGAGAGGGACAGAGGAAAAUGUCUCAUCAGACAGGGAUUGGGGCCUCCCAGGAUCUGCAGCAGCUCUUCUCUCGAUCGAAAGACGGCUCCUUGCGCCUGAUCCAGGUUCUGAUAGACGAUGAGCUCCUGGUGGCGGGUGAGUGUUGCCCCCCAGUUGCCAGCUGGGAGAGUGACUACGAUGAGCUGCUGUUGCCUCUGCUCAAGCCCAAAGUCCCCUGCUACGUCCUUUAUCGGCUGGAUAGCCGCAACGCUCAGGGCUUCCAGUGGGUCUUCAUCUCGUGGAUCCCCGAGAGCUCCGCGGUGCGACCGAAGAUGCUCUAUGCUGCCACCCGUGCCACCCUGAAGAACGAGUUUGGGGGCGGGCACAUUAAAGACGAGAUCUCCGCGACUCAGCGGGAGGACAUCACUCUGAGCGGUUACCAGAAACACUUGGCAUCGGAGUCAGCCCCUGCCCCGCUCACAGCCGCUGAGCAGGAACUGCAACAACUCAAGAUUACUGAGAUGAACACUGAGGUGAGCGUGGACACCAAACAGCCAACACUGCAAGGCAUCUCGUUUCCUGUUGACGAAGACGCCGUCCGUGCCUUGCGACAACUCCAGCAGAAGGAUUGCUCCUACGUCCAGCUGAAAGUGGACACUGAAGCAGAGGUCAUCUCCCUGGUCAGCACCCAGCAGACUGGCAUCGCUGACCUCCCCCAGCGGGUACCCUCCGAUGCUCCUCGCUGGCAUUUCUUCCUGUACCAGCACUCCCACGAGGGCCAGUCGCUCGAAUCUCUCGUGUUUAUCUACUCCAUGCCUGGCAGUAAAUGCAGCAUUAAGGAGCGAAUGCUGUACUCCAGUUGUAAGGGACCCUUCCUGAGCUACGUGGAACAGGUGCUGGGCUUGCAGAUUGCAAGGAAGGUGGAGAUCGAUGACGGGGCGGAGCUAACGGCAGAGUUCCUGUAUGACGAGCUCCAUCCAAAGAAGCACACGUACGAACGAGCGUUCAACAAACCACCAGGGCCAGCCCGCAGUCGGGGAGGCGGGAAACGUAUCGUUCGCAAUCCUGCAGCAAGCAGUUAGGGGGAGGGGGAGA